AAACGUUUCGCUAGAAUCUGUCACGGGGGGGAGGUAAACAAAUGUGCGCCAAACGGGCUGCUCUUGUUAUUAAAAAUUAAACAUGAGUACCAUUUAUGAGGCUGCUACGAUUAUUAAACCGAAAACUCCUGAAGAGGAGGAAGUGUUGAAACAUCUUUGGUCGAUUCGACCAUGUUACUUAUAUAACGAGGAGUACGAGGACUGCACCAGCAUCAAAGCACGUUUUCAUCAGUAUUUUAUCCACGGCGAAUCGAUUGACUGCAAUCAGUGGAAGCGAGAUUUUGAUAAUUGCGUACGUUUCGAAAAGAAUGCCACCGACACCAAAAGCGCCCUCGAGCUGAUACACAGUGAGAAGAACCGGCGCGAGGAAAGGAUGCGAGCCCACUACAGCAAUAACGUGUGGACUAAGCGAAGCUCCCCACCCGAAGAUUGGUCCAAACCAUUGCCGGAACACAUGCAGAAGGAGUAUGAAAACUCGUUUCUGGGAUCAAAAGCCAAGGAACUGCGUGGCGGAGUACAGGGACCAGAUACCGAGAGCUCUUCCUGUUCGAUAAUGUGACCUUUAGUGCAAUAAUAAAAACUUCCUGGCAUAAUAAAUAACAUAAAAAAUGUUAGUGAAACAAUCGUUA